CCUUUAGAGGAAGAAGGAGGGGUUGAUGAGAGAAUAACUUAUUCAGAAUUGUACGAAGAAGUGGAAAGAUAUGCUGCUGCUUUUAGAAAAAAUGGAUUGCAAAUGGGAGACAGAGUUGCAUGUUACAUGGCUAAUAGAAAAGAAGCUAUAUACGCAUAUCUGGCUGCUGCUAGCAUUGGAGCUAUAUUUGGUGGACCACUGCCCUUUUAUGGUGAUAAGGCAGCUGCUAAAAUUAUUCGCCCAAUGAGGCCGAAAUUCUUGUUCACUGUAGACAGAUUCAUUGAUCUUAAAUUAGAGAGACACUUGAUGGAAAAUAUCCCCCUCAUCUGCAAAGGUAAGUAAUUUUUUAAAAAAAUA